CCACGCCCCGGCGCCGCGUCGGGGGGCGGGCAAAGGCUUCUUAUUGGGCCCCAGCGCAGGCCGGGAUGUUUGUCCUGGUGGAGAUGGUGGACACCGUGCGGAUUCCCCCGUGGCAGUUUGAGAGGAAGCUCAACGACUCCAUUGCCGAGGAGCUGAACAAAAAGUUGGCCAACAAGGUCGUGUACAACGUGGGGCUCUGCAUCUGUCUGUUUGACAUCACCAAGCUGGAGGAUGCCUACGUGUUCCCAGGGGACGGUGCGUCGCACACCAAAGUCCAUUUUCGCUAUGUGGUGUUCCAUCCCUUCCUGGAUGAGAUUCUGAUUGGCAAGAUCAAAGGCUGCAGCCCGGAGGGAGUGCACGUCUCUCUAGGGUUCUUCGAUGACAUUCUCAUCCCCCCUGAGUCGCUGCAGCAGCCAGCCAAGUUCGACGAGGCAGAGCAGGUGUGGGUGUGGGAGUACGAGACAGAGGAAGGAGCGCACGACUUGUACAUGGACACCGGCGAGGAGAUCCGCUUCCGGGUGGUGGAUGAGAGCUUUGUGGACACGUCCCCCACGGGGCCCAGCUCGGCCGAGGCCGCGUCUUCCAGUGAGGAGCUGCCAAAGAAGGAGGCUCCGUACACGCUUAUGGGAUCCAUCAGUGAGCCAGGCCUGGGCCUUCUCUCCUGGUGGACCAGCAGCUAGCCCUGGGGCGCGACGGCGGACCUUGGCCAGUCCGGCAGACCCCAGCCCAGCCCUGCGAAGUGAUGCAGCCGGCCGUGAGGACCACAGCCC